AGGGUAUUACACUAGUACAAGGAAAGGAACGGUGUGUGCUGAUGGAAUCGAAGAAAGGGGUGGCGGUGCGGGUGAAUUGGUCAGAUCUGGGCACCGAUCUAUGGUCGAUAAUUGCGACGCGAAUCAAUUGCCUGCAAGCUUUUGUCACCUUUGGCGCGGUGUGUAAGGAUUGGCGAUCUAUAGCAAGCAAGGAGAAUUGGAACCGAUCAGCCAAAGUUCCAUGGCUUCUAGUUGCAGAAAGAGUAGUAAAAAGCAGUGGCGGCAGCAGCACUAGAACCUCUGACUUUACUAUAAAACACAGUAACGGCGGCGGCAACACGGUUCGUGAGUUCGCCGACCUUUCGGGAAACAGGAUCUACAGGAUCAACUUACCCAUCGAUAACAUUCUCGAGAAUCCAGUAGCUCCCGUUUCUCCCUUCAGGGAAAACAGAUAUCACCUUUCUUCAAAAGGAUGGUUCUUAAUCUUCGAAGGUUGUGUAAGUCAGCUCACUCUUCUGAACCCCUUUUCUCUUCAAAAAGUUGUUCUGCCACGUCCUUUUAGUCCUCCACCUGUUGGUAUCCGGCCACAAGUCGUUGGGUUCGCCUUAUCUGCUAGCCCUGGUCUCUGUUAAAUGUCCCACACCGGAAAAUUGAGAAGCACUAGAGUGCUAUAUUAAGCUUCGGGCUACUCCUCCUAUCAGGUUGACCUUUUAGGAUGGAACCCCGGAUCUUAACAUGGUAUCAGAGCCAAAUCGAUCCAUGGUGUGGGGCCCCUUAUGAAAAAUGACGACACGACGAAAAAAAAUGACGAACCGAUGAAAAAAUGAAUGACGACACGAUCCAGACGAAGUGUCUGGUCGUGAGGAGGGGUGUUAAAUGUCCCACACCGGAAAAUUGAGAAGCACUAGAGUGCUAUAUUAAGCUUCGGGCUACUCCUCCUAUCAGGUUGACCUUUUAGGAUGGAACCCCGGAUCUUAACAGUCUCACAUCAGACUUUGUAGUGAUGAUUAUGUAUGUGUCCCAACCUAUGAGGGGGAGAUUAGCCUUUUUCAGAAACGAAGACCAGGAAUGGACUGAUGUUGGCGGCCCUGGUUUUACAACCAGGGCCAACAUGACAUACCACAAUGGUCGAUUUUAUGCUAUAUAUCCUCGUAAUGAUGCAUUUGCGUUCCUAGUUUUUGAGAUUGAAAUUAGUAAAGGAGGAGCAGCUUCCUUUUCUACACGGACUAGGUCAUUCAAAUAUGACCACUAUAGCAUGUGCGUUUUUUUUUGGAUGGUUGGAUCAUCUCAAGGGAGGCUUAUGCUUGUUUGCUGGAGUAGGGAACGUGAAUAUGAGAGUAGUACAAAUGAGUUCCCUGGCUUCAUUGAUUUGGAUGUUCCUGACGAGAGCCCUCCGUUUUUUGAAGGUUCCAAGUCUGUGUUUGUUGUUGAAGAGAUUGAGUUUGAGAGUGGAAAAAGCAAAAAGGUGAACAACUUUAUGGAAGACCAAGCUUUGUUUUUGGGGAAACAUUCGUCUUCCUUUGUUCGUGUGUGCAAUCAAUCAAUAUUCAAACCCAAUCAUAUAUAUUUCACGUUAUUCGAUGACGAUGAGGAUAGUUUUUGCUGCCGCGUUGGUCUUUACAACCUCGACCGCAGGACUAGUGAGCAAAUGCCCAAUACUUCACUUUACGUCGACUGGAUUGAACCAAGCUUUUGAUUGCCUACUUUGAUUUAAGUGGGAUUUGUGCAGAGAAGAAAGGAAUAAGGAGAAUCACAAAUUCCUUGACAAAGUUUUUGUGACAAUCAAUGGGAUGGAGGUAGUAUAUACUACCUCUGUUCUUAAAUAAAUGCAACACUUUGAAUUUUACACUAUUCACAUGUUCUACUUUGACUACAUUUUAUUUAUUAAUGUAUUAAUAUUUUUUUAUGAAAAAAAUAUUUUUAAAUUCACCUCAUUGUAAAUUUUCAAAAUCUAUUUUUUUAAACUUUUUUACUAAUACAAAAUUAUAUAUAUUAAUGGUCAAAGUUGUGUCUCGGCAAGUGUGAAAUGUUGACUGUUGCAUUUAUUUAAGAACGGAGGAAGUAUUUUCUUAGCUCGUGUGUACUGCAACAUUUAAUUAUGUUCAGGUCUGUUUCUUUUUCCCUAGUUUGCAACCGGUAUGCUGUUUUAUGGUCAGACAUGUUUGGUUUUGAUACCAUGUCAAGUUUUCCAUUUCUUGUAUCUGUAUUUUUGUGUCAGAAGAAUAAUAAAAAGGACAUUUAUUUAAGAAAA